AUGUCGUCCUCAUCACAAGGAGACCUCCCCUCCAAUCCCCCCUCCACCACCACUACAACGUCCAGCUCCAGCUCCACCUCAAGGUCCGGCUCUCACACACCCAAGCAAAGCUCAGACGCCUCUUCCUACAGCCAAUACUUCUCCUACCCAGUCAGCCACGUCGUCUCAGGUCUCUACCGGCGCCUGACAGACCCCAACAUCCCUACUACCGCCAUGCCCUCCGCCCUCCCCUGGUCGACCUCAUCCUCCUCGUCCGAAGUAUUCACGCCGCGCCGAACAGCCUCGCCUUUCCAACCUCCACCCCUCACACCCCUCACUCUCACAAUCCCCCGAGGCGCAGACCUCCUUCAACAACAGCUCCUGACACGCGCACUCGGCGAGGAAAUCCGCCUCCUGGUACCAGCCCGCCUCCAACUCGUCGACACCUGGCGUCUCGCCUACAGCCUCGAUCGCGACGGCGCCUCCCUCUCCACCCUCUACGACCACUGCCAGCAAUUCUCUCACCGCAGCCCGCGGGCGGGCUACGUCCUCGCCGUCCGCGACUCGUCUCCCUCCGGCGCCGUAUUCGGCGCUUACAUGACAGACGCGCCGCACCCAAACUCACAAUUCUUCGGCACAGGCGAGUGCUUCCUCUGGCGCGCGAGCGUGCUACCACCUCCCGCAAGCCUGGGCCUUGCAUUCUCAGGUGAUGGUCCGCAGUCUGAGGAAGCGCUUGAGCGCGCGGGCCUGCCGCCCCCGCCUUCGGCGGAUACUACCCACGCUGGACGUUGGAGUACUUUCCGCAGUGACUCGCGGUCCAAGGUGAAGAGGGAGGCUUCGCCGGCCCUUAAUUUGAAUAUGAAUAUCAAGUCUAGUCUGGCUGCGGCUAGUGGCGGUGCGCUGGCGCCUCCGUCGCCUCCGUCGAUUGAUACCCCUUCACGCAGUGGGGCUAGUACGCCGGAGCGCAUUCGUUUCAAGGCAUUCCCGUAUAGUGGGGUGAAUGAUUAUAUGAUGUUUUGUGAGACUGGAUUCUUGAGUCUUGGUGGCGGGGAUGGACAUUACGGUCUUUGGGUGGAUUCUGGCCUUGAGAAGGGAGUUAGCGCGCAUUGUCAGACAUUCGGCAAUGAACCUCUCUCCGAUGAAGGGGAGAAGUUUGACGUCCUCGGUGUCGAGGUUUGGUAUGUCGGAUCUUAA